UAUUUGGGCACAUUGGCUGCCCAUUUGUUUGUUUUACCAAAAUUGGGUUUUUUACAAAGUUUAACUGCCGCAGGAUGUCGGAGGUCCGCAUUCGGCCGCGCCAGGUCCUCAUCCUGAUCAUCGUCUUCCUGGUGGUGCUGAUGAUGGUCCACCGGAACGGCAAGCGCACCUGCCAGGGUCCGGAGUACCUGCAGGCCAUGUACGUCCAGGCGGACACGCUGCCCACGAUCUACGCCGUCACGCCCACAUAUCCACGUCCCGCCCAGAAGGCCGAGCUAACCAGACUAUCACACCUGUUCAUGCUGCUGCCGCACCUGCACUGGAUCAUUGUGGAGGACACGAAUGCCACCACCUCGCUGGUGAGGAACCUGCUGGAGAGGGCCGGCCUGGAGAAGCGUUCCACGCAGCUGAACACCAAGACGCCGCCGGAAUUCAAGCUGAAGGGCAAGGACCCCAACUGGAUAAAGCCGCGCGGCGUGGAGCAGAGGAAUCUGGCCUUGGCCUGGCUGAGGGGCCACGUGGACGUCGACCGGCAUUCGAUAGUGUUCUUCAUGGACGACGACAACUCCUAUUCCACGGAACUCUUUGCCGAGAUGAGCAAAAUCGAAAGGGGACGCGUGGGCGUCUGGCCGGUGGGCUUGGUUGGCGGCCUGAUGGUGGAGCGACCCCUGCUCAACGAGGAUGGCACCAAGGUGACCGGUUUCAAUGCCGCCUGGCGACCGGAGCGUCCCUUCCCCCUCGACAUGGCCGCCUUUGCCAUCAGCAUGGACCUCUUCAUACGGAAUCCGCAGGCCAUGUUCUCGUACGAGGUGCAGCGGGGCUAUCAGGAGAGCGAGAUUCUGAGGCACCUGACCACCAGGGAUCAGCUGCAGCCGCUGGCCAAUGGCUGUAGGGAUGUCCUCGUUUGGCAUACGCGCACCGAGAAGACCAAGCUGACCGCCGAGGAGGCGCUCUUGAAGAAGGGCAAGCGAUCCGACGGCGGCAUGGAGGUCUAGCCCCCGGUAGCCCACUGUAUAUACAUGCACCAAGCUGUCAUCCUAGUGAAUUUAUUUCUAUGUGUUCGUCCUAAAACUGUCCUGGAAACCUAUCGCUGUUUACAGAGAUUCAUGUUUCCUCGUAGUCUAGUUAAAAUAUCUUACUUACGCUGAUAUUCAAAACUAUAACCAGAAUCGUUGCUUGUGAGCAAUGGUGCCCUAAUAUCGGUUACUUUAUUAUUUUGUAAAAACAUGGUGAAGGCAUUAUGUUAAACGAAAAGACUAAGCUAACUUUUAUUUUCCUAAAUAUUUUUAAUAGUGCAAUUCAAUCAUAGAUUUUAAUAUUUUCAAGUCCAAAAUUGCACACAAAAAAAAAACGUAUCUGUAUGGAUUUCGUCAAAGCACAAGAGAUUAUAAACCAAAGGAGAUUUUUUUGACACCCCUGAGAGUAUUAGCGCAAGUUUAAUUUCUGAAAUACUACUAGUUGUACAAUGCUCAAAUCAAUGUAAGAUAUCUGUGUAAGAUAGUCCCUAGUCUAUCUGCAGGUUGAUACCCCCAAAACCCGAUGUCUGAUAUGAUGUUUGUUUUACCUCGAACUAGUUAGCCCCAAAUCGUGCCUCCUGUUCAAAGUCAUUAAACGAGUUGCCGCUUUAAACUGUAUUUAAAC